UUGAAGGGUUUAAUUACCAACUUUCCUGACAUACAAAUUGGAAAGCUUUUCAGGUAAGUUGCUCAUGUGGAAUUCCUGAAACGCAUUGCAAUUAACAGUCGGAUCUCCAUUCAAACAGUAAUUAGUGUGUGAUUUGACCUGUUCUUUGUGGCUGAUGCGUAUCUAGGGUUAGAUAUAUAUUUGUGUUUAUUUUAGGAAGUGAAUUUGCUGCUUUUUUUUUGGCUGUGCUGUGUAUGGAAUCCUGUACAUCCUGCGUUGGAAGUAUGGAGUCUUAACCACUGGACCACGAGAAAUGGCUUCAGACAUCCCUGGCUCAGUGACGUUGCCCGUCGCCCCCAUGGCGGCCACUGGACAGGUGAGGAUGGCGGGGGCCAUGCCCGCCCGAGGAGGAAAGCGGCGAUCCGGAAUGGACUUUGAUGAUGAAGAUGGCGAAGGUCCCAGCAAGUUUUCAAGAGAGAACCACAGUGAGAUCGAGAGGCGGCGGCGGAACAAGAUGACUCAGUACAUCACCGAGCUCUCGGACAUGGUCCCCACGUGCAGCGCGCUGGCCCGGAAGCCCGACAAGCUCACCAUCCUGCGCAUGGCCGUCUCUCACAUGAAGUCCAUGCGGGGCACCGGGAACAAGUCCACGGAUGGUGCCUACAAGCCUUCAUUCCUGACAGAGCAGGAACUGAAGCAUCUCAUCCUCGAAGCGGCUGAUGGGUUUCUAUUUGUAGUGGCAGCUGAGACGGGCAGAGUGAUUUACGUGUCCGACUCUGUCACCCCUGUGCUGAAUCAACCCCAGUCAGAGUGGUUUGGGAGCACCCUCUAUGAGCAGGUACAUCCUGACGACGUGGAGAAGCUGAGAGAGCAGCUGUGCACCUCAGAAAACUCAAUGACAGGCCGGAUCUUGGACCUGAAGACCGGGACAGUCAAGAAAGAAGGGCAGCAGUCAUCCAUGAGGAUGUGCAUGGGUUCCCGGAGGUCCUUCAUCUGCAGGAUGAGGUGUGGAAAUGCUCCUUUGGACCAUCUUCCUCUAAACAGACUAACCACCAUGAGGAAGAGGUUCAGGAAUGGCCUUGGCCCUGUGAAGGAAGGAGAAGCCCAGUAUGCUGUGGUCCACUGCACAGGCUACAUCAAGGCUUGGCCACCAGCAGGAAUGACUAUACCUGAAGAAGAUGCCGAUGUGGGACAAGGCAGUAAAUAUUGCCUGGUGGCAAUUGGAAGACUCCAGGUGACCAGCUCUCCUGUGUGCAUGGACAUGAGUGGGAUGUCGGUGCCCACAGAAUUCUUAUCUCGGCAUAACUCUGAUGGGAUCAUCACGUUUGUGGACCCAAGAUGCAUCAGUGUGAUUGGCUACCAGCCUCAGGAUCUUCUAGGAAAGGACAUUUUGGAGUUCUGCCACUCCGAGGAUCAGAGCCAUCUUCGGGAGAGUUUCCAGCAGGUGGUGAAGCUGAAAGGCCAAGUGCUGUCGGUCAUGUAUCGGUUCCGCACCAAGAACCGCGAGUGGGUGUUGAUCCGCACCAGCAGCUUCACCUUCCAGAACCCGUAUUCUGACGAGAUCGAGUACAUCAUCUGCACCAACACCAAUGUCAAGCAGCUCCAGCAGCAGCAGGCAGAGCUGGAAGUGCACCAGAGAGACGGGCUGUCAUCGUACGACUUGUCGCAGGUGCCUGUCCCCAACCUACCAGCCGGGGUUCAUGAUGCAGGGAAGUCUGUGGAAAAGGCAGAUGCAAUCUUUUCCCAGGAAAGAGAUCCACGGUUUGCCGAAAUGUUUGCAGGAAUCAGUGCAUCGGAGAAGAAGAUGAUGAGCUCAGCUUCUGCAGCAGGAACGCAGCAGAUCUACUCCCAAGGAAGCCCGUUCCCUGCUGGACACUCGGGAAAGGCCUUCAGCUCUGCCGUGGUGCACGUGCCUGGAGUAAACGACAUCCAGUCCUCGUCCUCAACAAGUCAGAACAUGUCCCAGAUCUCCAGGCAGCUCAACCAGAGUCAGGUGGCCUGGACAGGAAGCCGGCCGCCCUUUCCAGGACAGCAAAUCCCCUCACAGUCCAGCAAGACUCAGUCUUCUCCCUUUGGGAUCGGAACGAGCCACACAUAUCCCGCAGACCCCUCGUCCUACAGCCCUCUCUCCAGUCCGGCUACCUCCUCGCCCAGCGGGAACGCCUACUCCAGCCUGGCGAACAGGACUCCAGGCUUCGCUGAGAGCGGACAGAGUAGCGGGCAGUUCCAAGGGCGGCCCUCGGAAGUUUGGUCGCAGUGGCAAAGCCAGCACCACGGACAGCAGAGCGGUGAGCCGCACUCCCACCAGCAGCCCGGUCAGACUGAAGUGUUCCAGGUAAAUCAGCGAGCACCGCCUUCUCGUAGGACAUGCUGCCCAUGCCCGGAGAUCCAACCCAGGGGACCGGCAACUAUAACAUCGAAGAUUUUGCCGACCUGGGCAUGUUCCCGCCGUUUUCGGAGUAGCUGCGGGCAAAGCCAGGCUUCACAGAGCAGUGUCCCCCCUGCUGUGACGUCGACGCCGUCGUGAACGGGACCCCCUUGGCCUGCUUGUCCUGUGGCAGGACCGCCCCCCCCGGCAGAAGACACCUCGUUUCCCCCUGCCCCUGCCGUGUUCCCCCUGCCACCGUCUCAUUGCUCAGCUUCUAACCCUCAGCAGUGGCUGCUCUGCCACCAAACAGGAGCCUGGUAGACAUCAGGGGUGGGUUUAUUUAUUGUAUUUUACUUGUGUGUGCUUGGGAGGCCGACCCAUUGGGUUCCUAAAAUCUGGUUGUGAAUAAUCUCCUGUCGGACAAUUCAUGUCUAUGAAAAGUUCACUUACAGCCCAGAGAGCCCAAGCGGCAUGCCCAGGCCUGCCCUGGAAGCUGGGACCUGGUUCCUCCUGGCUUUUAACUUCCGUCCGCGUGGGGCUCAGGGCGGAGUGGGGAGAGAGGACACAGCCUGUGUUCUCAGAGCUGGGGGUGAGCAGCCGGGGACCCACAGGGGGACGCCGGCUCCCCCGUCUCCCGGCCCAGCCGCGUCCGUCUGUGUUGCCAUGAGACGUGUCCUUUGUGCCGCGUGAUGUGAAUCCCUGUCCUGAUGGGUGUGUUGUGCCCGUGUCUGUCGUGUGUGGCAAGAGCAAGUGUCUAGACCCCAGGGUGUGUGGCGGAGGUGGAGCCCCAGCCAAGCUGAGGAGGAUACGUGACCAGAGGGAGCCAGGCCUGGGGCCUGGGUGCCAGGCCAACAGGCUGAACUGAGCAGGCGGGCGCUUGAUAGCAUCCCCGGGAGUCCUGGCCCAGAGCUGCUCGCUCUGCUAGGUCAGUUCUUCGGUCCAGGUGGGGACAGCGGCAUCUUGAGAGGGGCAGAAGGUGGGUCUUUGAGGGAGAGGACUUGGGCUCCAGUUCUGGUUUUGCCACACACCCCCCACCCCAGGGCCUUGAAUCCCUCAGGUUGUCUCAAGACAGAGUGAGAGCUGACUUCUAGAAGCUUGCCUGGCUACCUUCUGAGCCCCUGGCCCCUGGCUUGCUGUUUCUCUCCGAUCUGAGAUGAUUCCCCAUUUUUACUUACCACCACUCCAUCCCGUGCCCUUUACAGUAAGGAAAGAAACUCCUGUGUCCUUUUCCCCAUGGUCCCCCUCCUGUCCUGCCUCCCCAUCCCAUCAGCUCACCGACACCCAUAGGGAGACACACUACCUACCUGUGGCCACCUCUCGGCAGGCAGAGGAGCCCAUGCCCCCUGCAGGCGCCUGUCUCGGAACAAUCCUUGUACCCGUGUUCCCAGGGUUCUGAGGGGCCUGGCGGAGUGGAGUUGCUUCUAGGCUGCCUGAACCGGGAGUGAGCCCCACCUGCAGCAAGGAGCCACUCGGAGAGUGUUUGCUCUCACCCUCUGCAUCUCAACCCGAGCACUGGCCGGCAUCCAGAGCGGAUGGGUGUCCAUUCUGGCCUGGGAAGCUCCAGCUUGAAGUCCAGCAUUGUUCACGAGCUUACCCUCGGCUGGUAGCCAGCUUUGUGUGAUCCCAGGUCAUGGGCUCUAAAUUAAAACUGACACUUUCUAGAGUGGCUUUUAAUCCUCGUGUAUAUAGUGGCGAUUGGAUUUGGGGUUUAGAUGCACAGGAUAUCGUUUUUAACCUUUAGAAGCCUUUUGGCUCCUGGGGAAAUGGCAGGUGGCUUGAACGUCCCCCGACCCUGACAGAACCAAGACCCAGAAGGGGCCUCCCCUUGGUGUGCCCCACCCCUGGGGUCACCUCUGCCCCCCCUGCAGCCUUGAACUUGUCCCAGACAGUAGACUUAAUUAUUUCCCAAAAAGAGGCACCAAAAUAGCUUUUGGAUCAAAGAAUGGGUUCUCAGUGAAAUGAAAACAGACUUCUUGUGACUUUGAGUCUAUAAGUCUGAAAGUUUGAGGGGGGAGGUAUGUUUGUCUCUUCUGGUUUUGGAGGGAAUUUGGGGGUUUUCUGACGUACACACACUGAUCAGCAUGCUGACUGGGAGCCUGCCACCCACCUGGACUGUACUGGGUGCUGAGGGGAUGCAGAAGGACAGAGAAGAACAAUCUUGCCCCCGGGACCUUUUAUCUACUUACACAACGUCUAGGAUGAGAACCUCUCAGUUCUUAGUCCUAGUAGGCAAGAAUUUGUGGGCAAAUGAAAGCCAGACGUAACGGGAGAGCAUCAUAACUAAACAGCCCCAACCUGACUUCUCUGGUGGUCCAGUGGUUAAGACUCUGAGCUUCCACUUCUGGGGCCUGGGUUUGAUCCCUGGUCAGGGAACUAAGAUCCUACACACAGCACAGUGUGGCCAAAAAAACUAAAUAAAUAAGCCCACCUCCCCUUCCAGCUUUGUCCCAGGAGCCCUGGAGGGGCAUCUGACUGCAGUGUGACUGGCAGUUUGAGUUUCCUGUUUUCUUUAUUCCCCAUUCCACGAUUUGAUUGCGUUAGAAGCCAUCAUGUGGCCUCUCAGAAAACAGGAGCACCCAGAGGACCACACGUCUGAGGGAUUCUUCCCCACCCCCCCCCCACCACACACACACACACACACACAAGGAAUUUUGAGACAAAUGAGCAUUAAAGUCCUAGAGAGCCUAGUAAUGUCAGUUUGCAGAAGCCCCUCCCUCUGGUCCUGCCCAUCCAGGAGGCCAGAAUGCCCACGGACCCUGCGUCGGCGUGGCCUUCAGUUCAACUUCCUUUCCUACUGGAGAUGGAUGAAAAGCUGGAUUGGGAAGGGGAACAACACUAGGACUUUGGCUCUGGGACUCUUCCUCACUCACACCUCAUCUUGCAUCUCCCAGGCCUUCCAGUGGCUUCCUUCGGCUGAGCAAGCAGAAGGCUCUCCCCCAAAUAGAGCCAUGUGGUGGCUGCCUGAACCAUUGGUGAGCACACAGACACAGCCACGCUGAGCAGGGCUUGGCCAAGGCGGGGUUAGUGACUGUGAUGGUGGCUACAGGGGUUCUACUGGCUUCAUCUUUAGUUUUGGUUUCAGGGAGCAACAGAGCCAUCACAGACACCCACAUUCUUCUCUGCAUCCCCCAGUUGGUCAAAUUCACCCUUUUGUUGUUUCGUGAAUACCUGUUGCAGUGAGAAUACUGUUAGUUGGUGGGACUGACGUUAAAGAGCAUGACUCUCCUGAGUCCAUAAGAGACUCUGUCCCCCAGACUAGCCACCCUUGACACUGUCAGUGCCAUGACCAGGCUCAGUCUAGAGAUGAGUCAGGCCCCAGGGAAAUGACCAUGUUCCCUCCCCUCUACGUCAGCACCUGGACUAGCAGAUGAGCCCUGAAUCUCUACCCUGCCCCUGACGCACCUGCUCCCUAACAUUUAUGACAUAAGCAGGACCAUGCUGGUCACUUCACAGCUGUAGCCAGUCAUGAGUCAGGGUGGAAAUGCUCCUUCUUUUACUGGGAAGUACGGGUUUGAUCAUUAAGUCGCUGUGUUCUGACUUGCCAGGGACAACCCAACUUGUCCAUCCAGCCCUCUCUCCUGGCCAGAUCCUCAUCUUGGGUACAAAGGGAUCUGACUAUCCUCCUUUUCCUCACUGCCUAGGGGCAGAGCAGCUUGAGAGGCAUCAUGCUGGAAUACCCGCACCUCUUCAUGCAUAGGUAGGUGUGCCUGGGUCUUGGGGCCAGAGACCGUGAGCGGUAACCAUGAAAGUGGAAAAAGGCAGGUUUUAUGGGAACAAGGCAGUCUGCUUCCGGUUAACAAUCUCAUUUUCCUCCAAAAACAAGAGAGUUCCCAGAUGAGCUUCAGAGGACAGUUUCAGCACUUAAUCGUUUCUCUUUUAACCCUUCUUCUUAUGAAUGUGAACCGUGCUGUGGAUAAAUCAUCAUUUGUAUUGCUCGAAUGUUCUCUAUGACUAACAGUUAUUAAGUCAGUUGUGUAUAUGUGUAACUAAUGGAACUGCCUUUUAAAAUUUCAUUACAAUAAAAAUGACUUUGCUCUGAACACUGAA